GUAACAUCAGCUUGGUCUUUCCUCCAGCUAAAAAUAUAAACUGUUGGCGUACACGAGUUCCUGGGUGUGCUUUGUGUGGCUUUGCUCUCAGGGGCCUUGGUGAGGUGGUGGUAGCCACAGAAGCUCUCGGGGCCAGCCCAAGAGUGCACCGCAUCAGCCCCGUGCCUGACAGGAAGGAAAGAGAAAUACGUCAGUUGUUCUAAACAAAGAAAAAUUGACUUCCUUCUCUCCAGAACAGACUCCUCUGGCCUCUCCUCUUGAAGCUGGUUCAAAGGUACCAACGGGCUGGGCUUUUGAUUAUUAGUGAUGACCUGAAAACAAGAGGAAAGUUAGCGUCUGUAAGACAUUGAUACUCUUCUUAUUGCUAUUCAUAAAUUCCCUCAGAUUGGGGAUUACUUCUGCUUUGCAGGAACUGUCUGCUCGGUUCUAUAAUUCAGAACAAUCUCUGGCAAAACUUCAGAAAAAGAUAUGCUUUUUUCUUAGACGGAUGUCAAAGGCUCCAGUGAAAACGCUCUGUGGGUGGCAUGAGGCCUUCAGAGCAAUGACUCCAACAGAGGGACAGCUUCUUGGGGCUUUCUUGUCCUGAGGAGUGUGACACCGUUAAAAAGGAAAAGAAAGAGCCACAAGUGACACAGUUGCCAACGAAACAGGAGCGAGAGCACUUUCAACAACGUGGGUUUGCUGCGGGACUCUGAGCUCAUCCACAGGACGGGACCACUCGGUCAUGGAGUGAAGAAACUUCAUCUUGGCUCUAAGGAACGAGAGAGAAAUGGCCCAAGAAGUCAAUCUGAAUUCCCUCCAGGAAUUAGAACGUGAGGUGGUUCUCCAGGUUCUGUACCGAGACCGGGCAAUCCAAAACAUGGAGGACGAGAGGAUACGGAAACUGAAGACGCGCCUGCAGCAUCUCCGGUGGAGAGGUAUGAAGAGCGUGAGCCAGGAGAACAAAGAGAAAUCGUGUGCCCGCUGCCAGCGGGUGCUGGGGCUGCUGCUGAACCGGGGGACUGCGUGCCAGGGCUGCAGCCACCGCGUGUGCUCCGAGUGCCGUGUGUUCCUGAGGAGGACCUGCGUCUGGAGAUGCACCAUGUGCUACGAGGACAGAAAUGUGAAAAUAAAAACUGGAGACUGGUUCUUCGAGGAACGAGCCAGGAAAUUUCCAACGGAAGGCAAACACGACACAGCUGGAGCAAAGCUCUUGCAAUCUUAUCAGAAAUUGAGCAAAAUUUCCGUGGUCCCUCCUACGCCACCUCCUCUCAGUGAAAGUUGGUGCAGCGGCAGCCCUGGCAGGUUACACGAACUUCGUCAGUUUAAAGGAUUUAAUAAGUCCAUGGAAAAUUUGUUUCUGUCUGUUACCACCCACGUGAAAAAACUCUCCAAGUCCCAGAAUGACAUGACCUCUGAGAAGCAACUCCUAAGCACGGGCCCCCGGCAGUGUGCCAGCCAGUCGGAGAGAAGGAGCCUGUCCGACACUGCCAUCAGCGUCACCAUCAGGAAAGUCAGUGCACCAGAUAUCCUGCAACCCCACAAUUCAAACAGUCCCAAACGCCCUACUAACCCUGUUUUGAAGCAAGCAGCUCUCUCAUCCCAUCCAGCGCCCACCACUUUAUUCUCAGGAGGCUUGAGACAGGGAAGUUUAAUUAGCAUUAACAGCACUUGUACAGAGAUGGGCAAUUUUGACAACGCUAAUGUCACUGGAGAAAUAGAACUUGCCAUUCGUUAUUGCUUCAAAACCUAUUCUUUGGAAAUAUGUAUCGAGGCCUGUAGGAAUCUUGCCUAUGGAGAGGAUAAGAAGAAAAAGUGCAAUCCGUAUGUGAAGACCUAUCUGCUGCCUGACAGAUCCUCCCAGGGAAAACGCAAGAGUGGAGUCCAAAAGAACACGGUGGACCCAACCUUUCAGGAGACCUUGAAGUACCAGGUGGAGCCUGCCCAGCUGGUGACCCGGCGACUGCAGGUGUCCGUGUGGCACCUGGGCACACUCGCCCGGAGGGUGUUUCUUGGAGAAGUGAUCAUUCCUCUGGCCACGUGGGACUUUGAAGAUAGCACAACACAGUUCUUCCGCUGGUAUCCGCUCCGGGCCAAGGCAGAGAAGCAUGAAGACGGUGCCCCUCCCAAUAACGGAGAACUUGAAGUCCGGGCCAAACUGGUGCUCCCUGCAGAGCCCAGAAAGCUCCAGGAGGCUCAAGAAGCUUUCCUUCCAGGGGCAGAUCAGCCAUCAUGUAACGGUCAACUCUGUUUGGUGGUGCUGGGAGCCAAGAAUUUACCUGUGCGGUCAGACGGUACCCUAAACUCAUUUGUUAAAGGCUGUCUCACGCUGCCAGACAAACAAAAACUGAGGCUGAAGUCUCCAGUCCUGAAGAAGCAAGCGUGUCCCCAGUGGAAGCACUCCUUUGUUUUCAAUGGUGUGACCCCUUCUCAGCUGAGGCAAUCCAGCCUAGAAUUAACCGUCUGGGACCAGCCCGUCUUUGGUGUGAAUGACCGCUUGCUGGGAGGAGCCACGCUUGGUUCCAAGGAAGAGCCAGCCGGCGGUGCCUACUCAGGCACACAGACAAAGCUUCAGUGGCAGAAAGUUAUCUCCAGCCCCAAUUUAUGGACAGACAUGACACUCAUCCUGCACUGAAGCGCAGGCUCCACUCUGCAGCGGGCUUCAAGUCCGCGUGCCUGCAGGUUAGCUGAAGAUGGGCCCUCGAGGGACCACACUCCAUCUACAGCUCUGCCCCGUGCCUAGCACGUUCUUCCGUAUCCCUCUGUGUACACUUGUUAAACAGAGCAGUGACCACUGUUAUAGAAAGAAGUCUCGGGUUGCUUAUCUGCUUUGAGAGAUGUGGAAAAUGGCUAGACUUCAAUAAAUGUUCAAUAGUUA